AUGAAGCGUAAUUAUGAAAAUGCACUCAAGCUCCUGGAGACUCGAAGGCGAAAAGCGCGACCGACAACCCCUGCCGCAACGUUCCAACAGCAAACUGGAGCGCCCCCGAGCAAUACCCCGACAGUUAGGGGUGUACCUAGCCUGAAUGGGAUGAAGGAGUGGCUGCAAAUGCUAGGGCAUACGGAGUCUGAUUUGAACAACCUCAAUAUAAUUCAUGUUGCUGGUACGAAGGGCAAGGGAAGCACAUGUGCUUUCGCUCGUUCUCUCCUUCGUUCGCAUGGUCUGAGGACAGGUUUUCCAGGUCGAGUUGGAUUAUACACCUCUCCUGAUUUGCAAUGUAUCAGAGAGAGAAUACAGAUUGACGACAGACCCAUCACGGAAGAGAUUUUUGCUCGAUACUUCUUCGAAGUUUGGGAUCGCAUCAUAACGCAGAACCCUUCCAAUGGUAAAGAAGGUGCUAGACUCCCUCGAUAUUUGCAGCUUCUGGCAAUACUGGCGUUCCACACGUUUAUCAGGGAGAAUGUUGAAGCGGCAAUAUUUGAAACACACCACGGUGGAGAGUACGACGCCACGAACGUCGUCCAAAACCCCGUUGUGACUGGGGUUACAUCUCUUGGCAUGGAUCAUGUAGCACAACUCGGACCUACGCUAGAAGACAUUGCCUGGCAUAAAGCAGGAAUCCUCAAAACUGGGGUUCCUGCGUUCUCCCUUGAACAGGAGGCUGUUGCUGCUCGAAUGCUGCGGAACCGUGCGGCCGAGAAACGGACACAUCUGGAGUUUGUCGCAGUCAAUACCUCACUUCCUGACAAUUCGAAAGUGUUGGGUGUUACAGUACAAAAAUUGAACUGCUCACUAGCUGUCGAAUUGGUCAGAAAAUUUGUGCAAGUCAAAGCACCUGGACACGAGUUGAAUGCCGAGGAUAUUUCUCGCGCCGUCGACAGUUUUUCCUGGGGUGGCAGAUUCCAGAUCAUAGAGAAAGGCCUCUGUCGUUGGUUUUUAGACGGUGCUCACAAUACCUUGAGCCUCGAACAAGCGGCGGCAUGGUUCUCAGAGAAUACCGGUGCCUUGAAUUAUCGCAGAUGUCGUGUUCUAAUAUUUAGCCACUUCUCGGAGGAACGGGACGGUAGGGUAUUGGUGGAGUGUUUAGCUCAUGCGCUUUCAGCACGGGGUGCGAAGCCAGAACAUGUCAUUUUCACUACAUAUAAUGAAAGGGAUGAUGGAACUAGCAGGCUAGACAAAACUCUCAAGGUACCCGAAAAGCCUUUUCCCGAUCUUUGCUCUGUAUAUGCUGCGGUCUGGAGCAGGCUCGAUCCUGAAGCGAUAGUUUCGAGUAAGCCAACAAUUGAAGCGGCGAUAAGGCUUGCGGAACAAAUCGCUGCUGAAUCUGGUGGAGCUCAAUGCUUUGUGACGGGAAGCCUGCAUUUGGUUGGAGGAGCCCUGAAUCUAUUGACUUCUUAA